AUGGGUAAAGAUAUUGUUGGUGAGGAGAAAGAGAUUGGAAAACGAAGUAGAUUGUGUAAUUCUAAGGAUAUAUACAAAGUAUUAACAAAAGAUGUGGCGACCGAAAGAGUUGAAGGCAUUUCAGCAAACAUGUCCGAGAUUAGAUACAUGGAACUAAGUUCUACAGCUUUCAAACUCGAGGUUUUAGAUUUUGAAGGCCGUACAAAAUUGGUUGAGAUUCCCUUGUCAAAAGGGUGUCUCUGUCAACUUCGUGAAUUGCAGUUGAAAUCAUGCAUGAGCCUCAAGAGUAUUCCAAGUAGCAUUGGUGAGUCAAAAUUUCUCCAUGAACUUGAUUUCGGUGGAUGCUCAAAACUAGCAAGUCUUCCAGACACCAUUUGCAAUCUCAAAUCUCUUACGACACUUAAAGUAAGUGGAUGUGUGAAUCUCAAUGGACUGCCAGAGAACUUGGGGAAUUUAGAAUCUUUGAAGUGGCUUUGUGCAGAUGAAAGUGGAAUAACAAAAUUACCAUCCUCCAAGAAUCAAUUGAGGCACUUGGAAGCAUUGGAUUGCUCUAGAUGUAAAGGCUUAAUAUUGCCUUCUUUGACAGGUUUGAGCAGACUAGGAUAUCUUACUUUAAACAACUGUCAGAUGUUACAACUUCACGACAGUCUCGGCUCGCUAACAUCAUUGGAAACAAUAAAUUUACGUGGAAAUAAUAUCGAGUUUAUACCUGAAAGCAUCAAACAACUUUCUAUGCUAAGGAAGCUUGAUUUAAGAGAUUGCAAGAGACUUAAAUAUUUACCAGAGCUCUCACUGUCAUCUCUGAUUAAUUUGUAUGCAUCAAACUGCACGUCUUUGGAAUCAGCAUCAAUUGUGUUCCCACUCCCAGAAAAUAACCAUUGGUUCCGCCAUUUAUAUUUCAGUAAUUCCAUCAGUUUAGAUGAAGGUGCAUGUAGAAAAAUUAUAGAAAAUGUGUUGGCAGCAAAUCAUCUUCGGCCCAAUUAUGGUGGUGCAAGGUUACAAAUUGCCGGAAGUGAAGCUCCACAGAGGAUUAGGUAUCAGAAUAAAAGAGGAUCUUCUUUGUCUUUCUCACUUGACCGGCAUGACUUGAUGGGGCUCUCCUUCUUCGCCGUACUUGAACCCAAAAUUCAUCCUUCUAUCGUUUAUACAAAAAUUGGAUGUAUGGCUUUGUUCACAAGCGAGUCUGGAUGUAGCCGUCACGACAAAUUCUAUAUGUCAUGGUAUGAUUAUCAACUGAAAUUCCAAUCAGAAAACGUGUUCCUUUGGCGUAGUUCAAUCUCUCUGGAUUCCAAUGAGUGUUUCAGCAAGGCCUCAUUUCAAUUCUUCACCGAAUAUUAUGACAAUGAUGGAGCUGACAAGGUAAGAAGUGAGGAUGUGAUAGUUAAAUGUGGAGUUCAUCCAAUAUUCAAACAUAAAAGAGGAAAAAUCGAGAUGAGGGGGACGAGGAAAAGCAACCAACUCUCCUUCAAAGAUUGA